CCACGGGAACUGGGAAAAACACACCCUAUUUAUCCAUAGUUGUUGCAACAUGUCCAGUAGGAUUUUUUACUAAUGGCGCCUUUAAGAUAUAUAUCUAAGCAUUUGGGACGGGAUUUAUGUUUAUUUUAAAUCACUAACCGCUUAGUUAAUGCAAGUUAACCUACAGCAGUCAUGUUCUGCAGAAACCAAACUUCCAGAGCCACUGUGGCCCGUGGAUCCGCGAUGGAGAUGGAGGUGAAGAGAGGCCGAUUCCGCCUAAGCGUACUGGAGGAUUCCGCACAGGACUGUGAGGUUCAGAAACGGAUCGAGAGGGAGGUGAGGAUCAGAGAAGGGGCCUGUAAGCUUUUAGCUGCAUGUUCUCAGAGAGAUCAGGCUCUGGAAGCUUCCAAGACUCUCCUCACAUCCAACAGCCGCAUACUGGCCCUCAUGACCCAGCUGCAGCGCAUGAAGGAAGCCCAGGCCAUGCAGAAAGCAGGACGGAGGUCAUCUGAUGGUGGGCCUGCUGAUGAGCGAUUACCUUGUACUGGAAAAGUAGCCAUUUCAAAUAUUCGCAUUCCUCUCAUGUGGAAAGACUCUGAGUAUUUUAAAAACAAAGGAGAGCUGCACCAGUGUGCCGUGUUCUGUUUACUGCAGAUUGGGACAGAGAUUCACGAUACAGAUCUCGUAAUAGUGGACAGGACGCUCACAGACAUCUGUUUUGAUGAACCAGUGAUAUUCACUGACGUGCCUCCAGGCUUUGACCUGCGGGUGGAGCUCUACAGCUGCUGUGUGGAGGAAGAAUUCAGCAUGGGCUUCUCCACUCGGAGGCUGAGCCGGCUGGGAAGUGGCUCCAGUAAGAAGUUCAUGGCAACUUUAGAGAUAGCAGCUUCUUGCGGUUCUCACAGCAGCGGAACCGGAUCGGGAGGGAGUUCACCAGGAGGAGAAUCACCGGUUCUGCUGCCUGCUCUGUCUGUACGGGGCCCUAAAUAUCACCUCCUGGCCCACACAUCUCUGUCCCUGUGCCACAUACAGAACUCUUUCCGAACACAUGACCUGACAAUAUCAGACACGGAGGACUCCUCGUUCUGGUUGCCGCUCUACGGUAGUUUGUGCUGUCAGCUCGUGGCCCAGCCUCUCUGCAUGACUCAAGUUGUUAAGUGCGGAAAAUUUAAAAUUCGGUCAGAGACCAAUCCUGAGGACUGGAAAGAUGUCUACGGUGUCCUGAGUGGGUCAGAUUUAAAAUGUUACCAGCAGCAAGACAAUACAGACUCUUUAGAAACACCACUGUUCACUAUUCCCAUUAACAAGGACACCCGUGUGCGUGCCACAGAGAGAGAUCCAGCUCUACAUACUCACAGUAUCACCAUAUCAAACCAGUGUGGCGUUGAGACCGCAUACACAAUUCUCACGUACGCAUCUGAAGACACACAUAACUGGAUGGAGGCCUUCUGGCAGCAUUUCUAUGACAUGAGUCAGUGGAAACAGUGCUGCAAUGAGCUCAUGAAGAUUGAGGAACCUUCUCCAAAGAAAAUGGUGGCGGUGACAAAACAAGGCUCUCUGUAUCAUGAAAUGGUUACACAGUCAUCCACCCAGAGCAGAAACCAUCUUUCACCCCUGAACAGACCUGUUUCUUCUGAAAUCCGAAGUCUUCUGUCCACCUAUUAUAAUGACAGUUACUGAAGAAUCAAACAAGAAAACUAAAGAAAAAAGCUGUUUUGCGCAAAGCUGAACACACCCCAGUAUACUACCGCUCACACAAAUCCUUUUUUUUUCCAUAUUUAUUUGCUAAAUCCAAAAAGCACACCCACCCAAGUCCAAAAUACUGUAUUGGCUUAAAAUUGGUUUGUCAUUAUCACAGAAUUGGCCCUAAUAUUACAAAACUAUACACUAUCCCACAUUUUAGCUACGUACCAUAUAAAUAAUGAAUAAUAAUAAACUGUGAUAUUUGUUUCAAAAUCACGCAAGAUUAAAAGUGUUACAAAAGACAGUAAACUAGCACACCUACAUAGGAACUUGUUUGCCAGGAACAACAGCCAAUUAUAGUUUAGCGUCAGUAUGCAAAUAUAUUUUGAUCAUUUCACAUUCCAAAGAGCCUGCUAUAUCAGCUUGUCAGUACCGCAUAUACAUGUACAGCGUAGUAUUUUGUCUUAUGGUAUUUCUUUUUUAAUGCUCAAUAAAGGUUUUAUUCCACAAACCUGUACUGGCAGUGUAACUUAAUCCUAUGCAGGAUCAGGACGUCAUUACACGUGUUGCUGGAUUAAAAUCACUCAUCCUUAAAAUUGACUGAAAUGUUUUUACUUACUACAAGCUGUGGAAAUCCUGCAUGACAGGAGUUUGACAGUUUACGCUUUUGGUUGGUUUUUGUUUUUUUUUAUUCAUAAUAAGCUAUUUCAAGGCCAUUGAAGAGAAUUGAGCAAACCGAUUUCAUGUAUGAUUUAAAAGGUAUCAAAUUUAAAAGCUGUCUAUCUUCCCUUAAGAUAAAUCAAUCAAGCCGCCAACCAACCAAAGCGGUUUCAAAUCAUUAUGAAAAUAACUUUCAUUUCUAAACCUUUCCUGGAUUUAAAUUUUAGCUUUGUCAGUGAUAGCUGUAAAGGUAGGCCCUACAGCUUUGUGACUUACUGUAACUUGUAUUUUGUAGGAAACAAA